AAAUCUACGUCCUGUGGUAACUACUUAAUGCUUCGAUAUUAGAAUUUUGACUGUGAACAACUGGAAAUAUCUAACAGUAACAGUAGCGCUUGAGGAAUGGCAUCAGCACUAUUGAUUGCUCUUUCUGUUUUGCUUGCAACAGCUACAUGUGUGCAAGGUCAAGGUGGUAGCUUGACAGUGAAGCUAUCAGAAGCUGACUUUGCAAACCAUGAAGAAGAUGGCAACCUGAAUAUAACACUGACUGUCACCAUAGCUGGUAUUACACCAGGAACAAACCAGUUGGAGUUCAGCUUUGAAGCUCUCACUCAAGCUCAAUACAAUGCUAGAUUGGCCUCACCUGAAAAUUCGUUUGAGUGUAGCCCGCUGUCUCCACAAGGGGAUGACGUUGCAGAGGAGGAUGAUUUGGUCAUGACUACCGUCACCUGCUCUGGAGAUCCUCCCACGGCACAGGAUAACGCUGUCACUCUCGUGUGCUCUAUUCCAAUCACACAAGAUGGAGUGUAUGAGGGAGACGAAUAUUUGGUGCUCAUAAUGACAGUCUCAAACGAUGGCGGAAACACCGUUGAAGUUGAUAGAAACUGUGCAAUAGGAAGAAUUCUUGCCAACAAUAAUCCAGCUGAUUUUUUUGACUUCACACUGACGACACUAAGUGGGCCACUAGUCGUGACGGAGGGAGAUACAUUGAAUGUCGAAAUCACUAGAAAUUUCCCCACGGAGCUACCUAUUGAGGUGUCUAUUCGCGGAGAUGGAAUAGCAAAUUCAGACAACCAAAUUCCGUUUGAAGGAGAAGAUUUUAGUUUGGAGCAACGAAACAUCAUGUUUCAACCAAAUCAAGACACACUGAUUAUACUGUUUGAGUUUUUUGAAAAUAUGGCUCCUGAGUUAACAGAAAAUCUGAGAAUUUCUAUCACUGCAACAAUCCAGACGGCAAGUGGUAAUGCCAUCGAUGUUCCCAUUCAACCACCCACCAUUGUUGUGUCCAUCCUCGAUAAUGAUUUGCUUACCAGUGGUUUUGAGAGGAAUGAGACUGCCAUUACUGUCACUGAAGGAGACUCAAUUCAACUGUGUGUCGAAUUUAAGGACUUCAAUUUGUUUGGAAAUGAAUUUCUCGAGAGACCCGUGGUGAUAAAUUUGACCACCACCACCAAUGACAAUUCGGCUACCAUUGGAACAGAUUACACUGUCAUGUAUCCAGAAGUGAUAGACAUUCUGCAAUCAUUUGCAUUCCCAUGCUAUACAAUCCAAACCGCUGGUAACGAUCAGGCCGAGAGAACAAGAACGUUUCAAGCCGUACUAGUAGACGAACGGCUUGCUCUGAUAACUGACCCCGGUGAGAGGCAGGCACACAUGCAGCUCAACGUUAUAAACCCUGGAACUAUCACCAUCAACAUUGAGGAUGAUGAUGGCACCCCAAACACGCCAAUAGUCGUAUUUGGCAAUGGCCCCACUUUUCAAUGGCAGACAGACGAGGAAGACGAGGCUCGUCCUGUGAACUGUCACUAUGGCAACGUCACUGUCCGAACACCAGAAGGCAGCGAAAAUGUCGUACAGUUCGACUUCUGUGACGGUUUCGACGGGCCAGGCUCCGAAUUUGACCUACCAGAUUUCGAUACAUCCAACAUGUACACGGUGAUAGUGUGUUCCCAAAAUCGGCUAGGAACUUCUUGUACUGAACCUUUGAUCCAUACACCACCACCCCCCACCAUAGCCCCGCCCACUACCACAGCUCAGCCCACUAUUAUAGCCAUACCGGGUAUGACAGGCCUUCAAAGUGGAGCAAUUAUCGGCAUUGUUGUUGGCGGCGUGUUGCUAGGAUGCUGCCUCUUAUGGUUGCUACUACUACUCUUGUUGUUGCUACUGUGUUGCUGUUGUAAGCGGAACAGAGAGAAAAGAUACUUUCCUCAAAAACGAGAGGAAAUGUUUUCAAAGCAAGGACAUAAGCAUGACGCUCACUACUCCGUGACAGAUUCAGAGUUUGAUGUAGUCAAAGUUCCACUGGAUUAAUCGAGACAGUUUACAUAACUUUUUAAUGCACUUUCUACAGAUUCAUUCAUUUUUGAUAGUGACAGUUUGCACAUGACCCCAUUAAUAUUUUUGAUGCUGUGA